AUGCGGAUUGAUCUCAUCAAAACAAGUCAAGGCAAACCUUAUGAACGUGUUAGCGACUAUUAUGCCGGGAAGUCGGUUUUCGUCACGGGCGGAACGGGAUUCUUGGGGAAGGUCCUCAUCGAAAGACUUUUGUACAACUGUACUGAUAUUGAAAGUAUAUACGUACUUAUUCGUGGGAAGAAAGGCUUCAAAUCAGAGAACAGGCUUCAACAAAUGUUAGAUGUACCGGUGUUUGAUAAGUUAAAAGCUUUGAAGCCGAAUGCUUUGAAGAAGAUAAUAUUAAUCGAAGGGGACAUCACGAAACCAGAUUUGGACAUAAAGUCAAGCGAUGAACAGAAACUCAUUGAUAAUGUCUCGGUCGUGUUCCACUCGGCUGCAACUGUGAGAUUUGUAGAAAGUUUUGAAAAUAUUAUGAAGGUCAACUUCGAAGGUACGAGACAUGUUAUGGAUUUAAGUAAAAAAAUUAAAAACUUGGAGACAUUUUUAUAUCUAUCGACUUGUUUUUCCAAUGCAAAUAAAUUAGUCAUAGACGAAACUAUAUAUCCGAAACCAAAGACGAUAGACGAAGUGUACUCGUUCAUAGACAAUUACGGCGAUAAUUCGGAAGCGACCGAGAAUUUUAUAAAUGGUUACCCAAAUACAUAUACACUAUCAAAAGCGCUUUGUGAAAACUACGUCGACGAGAAUCGUGGGACCAUGAAAACGAUCAUCGUGAGACCGUCGAUAGUGACGCCAGUUUUAAAGGAACCGCUGCCUGGCUGGCAGGACUCGUGGGUCGCGGCCACCGCUACGUUCAGCGAUAUCGCCAGAGGUCUGACGAAGGUCAUAUAUGGAGAUCCCAAUGUCGUCUGCGACAUGAUCCCCGUGGACUAUGUCUGUAACUUUAUUAUCGUUGCGGCUGCCAGAGGAAAUCCAUCCGAUGACAUCAUAGUUUACAAUUCCUGCAGCAGUUCCUCUAACCCCAUCACGUGGAAGCGAGGAGCUGAUUUAUAUUUAGGAGAGAGUCUAAGGCACGGUAAAUAUGAUCUGAAGCCAAGACCAGUGGAAGUGAGCAUGUCACAAUUAAAGGUCAACUUGCUGACGUUCAUUUUGCAAACAACUCCAUCAUUCCUGGCGGAUCUCUGGCUGCGUCUGAAGGGGGAGUCCCCUAAGUAUCUGAAAAUGCAGAAACGUCCAGUCCUCCUGCGAGACAUACUGAAGUAUUUCUCGUCGACAUCUUAUCAUAUAAAAUCGGAGAAUUCUCAGAAACUUAUCGAGACGUUGGACAAACGGGAUAGGGCUAUGUUCCCGUGCGACCCAAGAACGAUCGCCUGGCAAACUUAUAUGCCAUUGUUUUGUCGUGGAAUUCAGAAAUAUUUGCUAAAACCGAAGCAGUAG